AUGAGAACUGUCCUCAAUGUUUGGUCAGCCCAUAUCCGGUUCACCAUGAAAUCAGUCAUGGCACUAUUGGCUGUUUGUGUCCAUUGGGGGGGAGACUCAAUCCCCCCCCCCCCGGCCCCCCGCNGCUCCAACAGUAGCGACGGGCCUCUGCUGCUGCUCCCGCCGCCUCAGGCAGCGCUGCCGUCCCCGCCUCUCUCCGUUGCUUCGCCUCAGGCCUCCUCCUCCACCUCCGGGCCUACGCAUAACCACGGAGCGGGAGAAAGGGGCAGCAACCCGCUGCCGGUGGUGGCCAGCGGGGCUGCGGCGGCGGCCGCUGCUUCGCUUUCGGGCCCGGCCUCCUCUUCGCCUUCGCCGCCGCCGCUCGGGCGGCGGGAGACGGCCUACAACUGGCAGGCGACGAAGCCGACGGUGCAGGAGCGCUUCGCCUUUCUGUUCAACAACGAGGUGCUCAGCGACGUCCACUUCUUGGUGGGCAAAGGCCGCGCCGGCGCCCAGCGCAUCCCCGCCCACAGGUUUGUGCUGGCUGUGGGCAGCGCGGUCUUUGAUGCCAUGUUCAAUGGCGGGAUGGCUACAACCUCCACGGAGAUAGAAUUACNAGAUUUAGAAGCAAAGGAAGCGGCUUCCAGUGUGGAUGUUCUCAGUCAGAAGUUUUUCUUUGCCUCUCUCUCCAUUUUUCCUCUUAGAUUUCUUUAUUCAGAUGAAGUUCAUAUUGGGCCAGAGACUGUGAUGACGACUCUUUACACUGCAAAAAAAUAUGCAGUCCCUGCCCUUGAGGCUCACUGUGUGGAGUUUCUGAAGAAAAACCUCAGAGCAGAUAAUGCAUUCAUGCUUUUAACCCAGGCAAGACUCUUCGAUGAACCCCAGUUGGCCAGCCUUUGCCUGGAAAACAUAGAUAAAAACACCUCAGAUGCCAUCAAUGCAGAAGGCUUCACUGAUAUUGACCUGGACACCUUGGUCGCAGUGUUGGAGCGAGACAGCCUUGGCAUCCGGGAGGUGCGCCUCUUCAACGCAGUGGUCAGGUGGUCAGAGGCUGAAUGCCAGCGGCAACAGUGGCAGCUGAUACCAGAAAACAAGCGGAAAGCUUUGGGCAAAGCUCUUUCCCUCAUUCGCUUCCCCUUGAUGACAAUCGAGGAAUUUGCUGCAGGUAUUUGGGGACAGUUUCUCAAAAGUGGGGUUUUAAAUCGGCAAAGAUCCAGGGGGGGUUGAUAACUUUAUGCCAGUGAGGGCCUUUAUGUAUUUGAAAAUAUUUCUUCUGCUCCUUCGUUUUGAUUCCAAUUCCCUGUCCUUACCAGCUACUUAUAACCAAAAUAAAAUAAAAAUAAAAUAAUAAUGGCAGUUUAGGUAACAGGGCAGGUCUAUACGUCCUGCUUACCCACACCAAAUAUUCCUAUUUGCUUCUAAUAGGGCAUGUUUGCAUUUUGCACUAGAAGGCAAGUGGCGAAACGACGGUUGUAAGCCAACUACAAAUACCAGCCUUCAUGUAUACCCACAGUUGCCCAGAUGAAACCAAGACAUUUCUGUCUUACACGCAAUUUAUACUGUGAGCCCCUGCAUUCAUAUCUAAAUUUGAACAUCCACUUCCCUGCAUUCAUCUGAUGGUCCCUCCUAUCUGGAGCAGCCUCCAGAUAUUUGGAUCACUCUCCUUGUACUUGAGAGACCGCCUGCUGCCAAUUACCUCCAAUAGACCGAUCAGAUCCCACAGAUUAGGCCUCCG